AUGUCUUCUCCAAUUAACAACUCCAACUAUGCCAAGAUGACAAACACCAAUGUUGUCUACGUUAGAAUCGACAAAUUCAACAGCGGAUCUUUCCUUAUCAAAGAUAGAAAUACUGUUAUUGGAACAGUUGGUCCUAGAGGUUCUUUCAGAGAUUUCCCAAAGGAAUUCUCAGGUGCAAACAAGAAACCAAGUUUAUCAUGGGGUUUCAAGUACAUAAAUGCUAACAAUGCCACAUUUGUUAUCGCAUUUUACAAGAAGCGUAAAUUCUUCCCAGAUGAUCAUAUUGGUGAAAUAGAACUUAAGGUCUCUGACUUCACACCAAAUAAAGUCAUCCAAAGAGAAUACCCACUUAGAGCUUACACUCACAGAGAUAUUCCAGCUAAAGUUAAAAUUACUGUCCAUGUAGACGAACUUGGAGCUCCAGCCUUCAAGGAAACAAAGAUAGCUCAAUCUAGACCGUUAGAUUAUGCUUCAUUAACUACUUUCUCUCACUAA